AUGGGAGAAACCAAGGACGAAGCAUACGAAGAAGAGCUUAUUGACUAUGAGGAGGAGGAAGACAAGGCUCCGGACUCCGUCGGAGCCAAAGUCAAUGGCGAAGCUACCAAGAAGGGCUAUGUUGGAAUUCACAGUUCAGGAUUUAGAGACUUUCUUCUGAAGCCAGAGCUUCUUCGUGCUAUUGUGGAUUCAGGAUUUGAGCAUCCUUCUGAAGUGCAACAUGAGUGCAUCCCUCAAGCAAUUCUAGGAAUGGAUGUAAUUUGCCAAGCGAAAUCUGGAAUGGGAAAGACUGCUGUCUUUGUUCUCUCAACUCUGCAGCAGAUUGAUCCCGUUCCUGGCCAAGUUUCUGCACUUGUUCUGUGUCAUACAAGAGAAUUAGCAUACCAGAUAUGCCAUGAAUUUGAGAGGUUCAGUACCUAUUUACCCGAUCUAAAAGUUGCUGUCUUUUAUGGUGGGGUCAACAUCAAAGUUCACAAGGAUCUGCUGAAAAACGAGUGCCCUCAUAUUGUUGUCGGAACACCUGGAAGAAUACUAGCAUUGACUAGGGAUAAGGAUCUUUCUUUAAAGAAUGUGAGACAUUUCAUAUUAGAUGAGUGUGACAAGAUGCUGGAAUCUCUGGAUAUGAGGAAAGAUGUUCAAGACAUUUUCAAGAUGACUCCCCAUGAUAAGCAAGUUAUGAUGUUUUCCGCAACACUCAGCAAGGAAAUUCGCCCAGUCUGCAAGAAAUUUAUGCAAGAUCCUAUGGAAAUUUAUGUUGAUGAUGAGGCCAAGUUGACACUUCAUGGACUUGUGCAGCACUACAUCAAAUUGAAAGAGGAGGAGAAAAACCGGAAGUUGAAUGAUCUUCUUGAUGCACUGGACUUUAAUCAAGUUGUUAUCUUUGUGAAAAGUGUUAGUAGAGCAGCCGAGCUGGACAAACUACUUGUGGAGUGCAACUUUCCUUCUAUAUGCAUCCACUCUGGCAUGUCCCAAGAAGAAAGGUUGAAGCGUUAUAAAGGUUUCAAAGAGGGGCACACAAGGAUUCUUGUUGCUACAGAUUUGGUUGGAAGAGGGAUUGACAUUGAACGUGUCAACAUUGUUAUAAACUAUGACAUGCCUGAUUCUGCAGACACAUAUUUGCACAGGGUUGGACGGGCUGGAAGAUUUGGCACGAAAGGCCUUGCAAUCACAUUUGUUUCUUGUUCUACUGAUGUCGAUGUUCUCAACAAUGUCCAGUCAAGGUUUGAGGUGGAUAUAAAACAGCUGCCUGAGCAGAUUGAUACCUCAACCUACAAUUAG